AUGCCUCCUCGUCGACCUAACCGAACCUGCUAUUGUCCAGCCUGCUCGAGUUCCGGCUCGGGAUUCAAAUCGGUAGCGUACAUCACCUGGAGACGCCAUAAUCCUCCUGGUCAUGAACACUUCCCGGCUCCACCAGCAGCAGCAGCAGCAGCCCCGCUCACUGUCAACCCACUGGACUCUCCUUCUGGCCCUCUUCCGACCUUGUCUCCAGUCUCUGCUCCGGCUCCUCUCCCGCCUCUGUUCGACGAGAUUGACGGCAGCCUUCCGGAUCUGCCUGCCGUUAUCGGAGCUGGAGGACCGUCCUCUCCGCCGCCCAUCACUCCUGCCGGCCUCACCUCUGACGACGACGAUGUCGACAUGUAUGACUGGAACCACGACUACCCGGUAGACGCAGACGACGACGCCAGCAGCAUGGGCCAGCCCCUCGGUUCAGAUCGACCACCAUCAGAGGGACCUCUACCGAAUCAUGAUGAUGCGUUUGAAGAUGAAAUCGCCUGGACUUUCCCGCCCAACGAUCCGAUCGCACAAUACUACAGCACAGAACCAGAUCCUGCUCGACCUGGCCGUCAGGUUGUGCGUAUCAACAUCGAGAACUUGCAACGGCAUCAUGCGUUACCCAGUCACCUACGGCAAAUCUACACUGCCAUCGCCUACGGCAAAGCAACUGGUAUGCCCAAUGUGCCGGCGAAUACGAUCCUGCAACAGAUGACGAGCCUGGCAGAGGCGUGUCUCGAGGAGGAAAUAGAGGAUAGGACCUACAAUGUUCGUACCGCACAGUCGCGGCUCGGGGUCUUGCCCGACGACUACAUCAGCCGCUGGAUCUGUUGUCCAAAUAACGAAUGCUGGCUUCUUACACCUUACGCCGAGCUGUACCAACUCGACGGCGAAGCUUGCCCGGAUUGCGGCACAGAGCUUUAUCGCAUCAACAACAACAUCAGGACCCCACAUAAAGUUAUGCCAACUAUGGCUUUAUCGAUUUCGCUAGCGCUGUUGCUCCAGGAUCGGGACGUGUUAGACAACUUGCAAAACUGGCGAGAGAAGCAUCCCGAGGACGACCUCGUGGCCCCGGGCGAUGCCGAGCCCCUGGACAAGGAGAGGCCAUUCCUCGAUCCGAAAGAAACGAUGCAUGAUAUCAGCGACGGCGCUGCGUGGAGAUAUGGCUUAGCAGGUGGUAGAAGAUACGUAGACAUGGACAAUCGAGCGCAUGAUCGAACCGAGCAUCCUCAAGAGAAACGACAUGUCGGCCAAUACCACGGGCUGCAAAUCGUGAUUAACUGCGAUUGGUUCGCUGUCAAAGGCGUCAUCGGCUCUUCUGUAGGGGUAGUGUAUGCGGCAAUCGCGAAUCUCCCGAUCCACAUGCGUUACAAGAAGCGUUACACGGCUAUACUCGGAGUGAUCCCGGGGCCAAAAGAACCCCCCGGUCUCUGCUUCAACAAGGCACUCGAGCCGAUCGUUCGAGAUCUACAACUCUGCGAGCGGGGCUUCAAGAUCGAGCUCCCGCGGUUUCCCGAUGCCUUCGUCAGCGCACAAGUGCUCCUCAUUUCAUGUGACCUACCGGCGGCCAGGAAGAUGACCGGUGCGAUGGGUCUAAGUCAUAAGAACCACCCAUGUCCCCAUUGCGGCAUUACCCUGGAACAAGUCAAUGACUUAGAAGGCUACGAUUGGCGACAUCUUCCCGAAAAACCAGGCACCCCCGCCGAGACUCUACAAGCCGGGUUCGAAUAUGAGAUCGCCGGGUCUGGAAGAAGAUACGAAAUCGAGCAGAGGAAUGGAGUACGAUUCACAGCGUUGUCAAGGCUGUGUGGCUUCGAGGUGUCGGACUCUGCCCCGACGGAUCCUCUACACAAUUCGUUUCUCGGGCUCGUCAAAUCGUUCAUGAACAUGAUCCUGAAGAGUGAUCUCUUUGACGGCGACAUAGAUGGCGAGUCUCGAAUAGACAUCUUUCGAACCUUCUUCGAAGACGCGGAUUAUCCGGGACAUCUAGGACGCCUGCCAAACUACGCGAUAGGGCAGCUGAUCCGGCAGAGCCAUGGCGCGAUGAGGACUCCGACGAGAUCUCCAACAAAGUUCUUCUGGUCGAUAGAGGUUUGGGACGAGGGCGAACUCGAGGCAGAGGAAGAGGUCGGGGUCGAGGUCGAGGGCGGGGCCGAGGAGGAAGAACUUCCGUGUCACGGGAUGCGUCCGCCCAGCGCAACAGGCGUGAACGUAGCGCCAGAGGCUGGGUCCGCAGUCGAGGAUAUCGCCAACGCAGCGCGUACCAUAUUGGCUCUGAACGGAAGGUUGACCAUCAAUUGGCACAUCGCCAUGCAUUACGUACGUUUCAUCCAUCUUUACGGACCAGUCUCAGGAUUUGGCUGUUGGGCGUUCGAAAGACACAACGGGGCGUUGUCGAAUGUCAAACACAACGGGAAGGUGGACCUGCCAACGACACUGAUCAGGGCAUGGAUCCGAGAAUUUCGUUUAUCGGCGAUCAUCAAUAAUCCAGCGCCGGACGCCGGCGUGAUCGAGGUGAAUUCUUUGGAGGCCCUACGACAGGAUCCCGCACGCGGCCAAGGAACGCUUAUGUUGCAAGAAGCCAGAGGGAAUGUCACACCUUGCCGAUUGUCCAACAUCUACCAACCUGCGAUCACCGUGGACCUAGAAAGGCGUGGGAUCUACGGAUUGCUGCUCGAUUUCUUCCAGAUCCAUCAUCCGAAUCUGAACUUCAUUGACGCCGCCCACAUUAUGGACAAUCGACCUUCCUUGCCUAAAUGGGGUUCAUGCUACCAGCUUUACACGCAUAUGUUUCAGGACGGUUUGAAGUUUGGGUCCUGUCUGUACGCUCGGUCCGAACGCGACAGGCACGCCUUGAUCGUCACCGAUCAGGAUAGGGGCAUCAGUCAUCUAGCUCAAGUACAGCUAUUCCUCAAGGUCAAGAUCACACGCAGCGACCCAGGCCGCAGCGUCGACAUGAUGCUAGCACUGGUGGACUUCUAUGAACCGCAUGGUAGCAUAGGCUUCCCCUGGCAAGAGCGUGAGGUGGACUUGGGCAUGCGCAUAUACAAAAAUCGAGUCCGGGGAAGGGUGUUCGUUCCAGCGUCGAGCAUUCGAGCCGCAACCACAGUGAGCCUGUUACAGACAGCAGAUGAGGAGUGCUUGCUAUCGAUGUCAUGCGAUAAGGAGGGGACCGAGACGGAAUAUGAACUCGAAUGA